GAAAACGAAUGCAAAGGAGGACGGCAACUACGACGACCUUCCAAGAGAUUAGUACAAAUCCCAUCAUGUCGUGUAAGGAUAAUAUCCAUUUCUAGCUCGCUCGCUUUGGUCAAGAAUGAUUAAAUUCAUUAAUCUCCACGAAAUUACACACGACACAAAAAGAAUCUUUUGGUCGGGAUGGGAAAUUGGAGCUGUUUCCGACCAAGGGGGGUUACGGCAAUAACGGCGAAGCUCAUCCACUGGGACGGCGAGCUCGAGGAGUUUAGUUUUCCGGUGAGGGUCUCGAGUCUCCGGGCGGGAAACGAGGAUUCCGAGGUUUUGAUCGUCUGCGACGCGGACGAGAUGGGGUUAGGGGAGUUUGUGUCGGCGGUUGAGGAUUUGGUGCCGGGAAAGCUCUACUUUGAGCUGCCGGGGAGUUGGGUGUCGCGGCGGCUCCGGGCGGAGGUCAUGGGUUCCUUGGCCGUGAAGGCGAGUACGGCUCUGGCGGCGGGCGGCGGCACCGGGGAGAGAUUCCGGUGUUGCUUCAUCGGGGGCGAGGCUAGGAAGGUUGAGCCGUUGGUGAUGGUUGAUGACGAUGAUGAGAUCGGGCGAUUUGGUGGUAGGUCGACGGCGGUUUCCGCCGUCGUAGACGGUGGCGGGCGGCGAGUUGUGGGGAAUGGUGUUGCAUGCAAGAAAGGCAAAUUUACCCCUCAAAUGAGCAUGAUCAUUGAAGAAUAAAAUGCUACAUAGUAGUAAUAUAAUUAUAUUAGUUGCAUUAUUUGCAUGUCAUUAGUCCACCGCAGCAUAUUUCUUCGGCUAAUUUUAUGUUUGUUUUGAGUCUUUUGUAAUAAAAUUCGUGGUUGUAUGAACUAGACAUGAACAUGGUUGUAAUUAAUUUAUGGGCAUAUAUAU